CCGAGGCUCCUCCUCCCGCUCUGCGCUGCCCUCCCCCGGGACCCCGUGUCGCUGCCCCCAGCCCCCGGUACCCCAGGGCGCACCCAGUCGCGGCGUCCCGGCUCUGCCCUCCGCUGCUCCUCGUUCCGGCCGCCCCCCAGCACCCCGAGAUGCCGGUGGACUUCAGCGGGUACUGGAAGAUGCAGAGCAACGACAACUUCGAGGAGUACCUGCGAGCUCUGGAUGUGAAUGUGGCCCUACGCAAGAUCGCCAGCCUGCUGAAGCCGGACAAAGAGAUCGUGCAGGAGGGCGAGCACAUGAUCAUCCGCACGCUGAGCACCUUCAGAAACUACAUCAUGGACUUCCAGGUCGGCCAGGAGUUCGAGGAGGAUCUGACCGGCAUAGAUGACCGCAAGUGCAUGACCACAGUGAGCUGGGACGGGGACAAGCUGGAGUGUGUGCAGAAGGGUGAGAAGGAGGGGCGCGGCUGGACACAGUGGAUCGAGGGGGACGAGCUGCACCUGGAGAUGCGAGCGCAGGGCGUGAUCUGCAAGCAAGUCUUCAAAAAGGUGCACUAAGCACAGCCUGGACAGAUGGCCCCUUGAGGAAUGAGGGACUACAGGCUAGGACCCCCCCCUCCAUCACCUUGACACAGCAUGGGGCAGCAGUGCCCAGCCUCCCUGGCUUCCCACAGUCCAUUCCCUUCUCUGAAAGCAAAGCCAUCUCAAUAAAAGUGAUCUCAGCCCAAGA